AUGUUUCUUACUUCCAGGCGAUUGAAAUGGCAGCAGAGGCUGAGAAGACGGAAAAGAUGCUAUUCCAACCACGCAGCAAAGGAAGAAGUAACCCAACCAAGUCUGGAGGUUCUUUCGUCCUUGCUCCUGCAGUGCCUGGACGUGGAUGUCGCUCGCCACGUUCACUCCCACAUCUCCAAGCACGGGCUGGAAGCGUCGCUAGCGAACCAGCUCGUGGCGACGUACGUGAGGCUUGGAUGUUUCAGCGAAGCUCACCAAGUACUCAACAGGAACUCUUGCUCGGGGCUGGGGACAUGGAGUGGGAUCAUCACGGGGUAUGUCCAGAAUGGGCAGCGGGCAGCGGCAUUUUUUCUCUUCCGGAAAAUGCAGCAGGACGGCAUCGCUCCCAACAAGUUCCUGCUGGUGAGAGUCUUGAGCAGUGGUUGCUCGAGCCUCGCACAGGGAAAGCUGGCUCACGCGUGUUUAUCAGAGGCAACGAGUGGCUCCGACCGUGUUGCUGGAAACGCAGCGAUCAACAUGUAUGGGAAGUUUGGGUGCGUGGAAUCGGCAAAGGUAGUGUUUGACAGAGUUUUGGAGCGGGAUAUCAUCACCUGGACGUUGAUGGUCUCUGCGUAUGCCCAAAACGGGCAUACCCGACAGGCAUUUCAAGUCUUUGGGAAGAUGCUGGUGGAGGGGGUGGUGCCAAACAAGGUGACUUUUCUGGCUAUACUCAACGCUUGCUCGAGCUCGUCAGAGGCUGCUUUUGUUCAUCGGUUGCUCUUUGAGAGCGGGUUCCAGUUCACCGCCAAGGUAGAGUCCUCUCUCGUGGACGCGUAUGGCAAAUGCAAGAACGUCAGUGCUGCAAGGGCAGUGUUUAGCUCCAUGACGGACAAGACCAACGUGGUGACUUGGAACGCUUUCAUCAGAGCUUUGGCCAGCAGCAGAGAUGCGAGUGGAGCUCUUCAAACGUUUCGAAGCUUGCUGCUCCAAGGCUUGGUUCCCGACACGGUUACGUUCAUCAAUGCCAGCCAGGGAGCGAAAACUCCUCCGGAAGCAAAGUACCUCGAAGCUUGCCGCCAGGAGAGUGGGGUUCAACUGGACGUAGCUCUCGGCAACACUCUCAUCAACAUGUUUGGCGGCAGCAGCCAGCCUUGCGAAGCUCGGAGAGUUUUCGAUGCGACUCACAACAAGAACAUCGUCUCCUGGAACGCGAUGCUGUCGGCUUACUCUCAGAACGGACACUUCGAGGAGACGAUCGCACUCUUCAAACAGAUGGCCUCGACCAAGACGGUGAAGCCCGAUAAGCUUACGUUCGCGUCGGUUCUAAGCUCGUGUGCGAACCUCGAGAACCUCCGGGAAGGAAAGCUAGCGCACGCAGCAGCAGUGGAAGCUGGCCUGGAGUUCGCAGUGCCCGUAGCUGCGACGCUCAUCCAGAUGUACUCCAAGUGCCACUGCCUCGAAGAAGCCAGGGACAUUUUCAGCCGGAGUCCAUCCUCGGACGUGGUAGCGUGGACUGUGAUGAUCUCGGCCUAUGCUCAGAACGGUCGACCCCAGGAAGCCAUCGCUCUCUUCUUCCGCAUGACAGUGCCUCCAGAUGGCGUGGCCUUCGCCACCGUCCUGGGAGCCUGUGCGAGUUCCGAGAACUUGGAGGCCGGAAGAGUGGUCCGAGCACAGAUCGUGGAGCUCGGGCUGGACGCUGAGAGGGCGGUGGCCAACGCGGUGCUGGACCUCUACGGCAAGUGUGCCGAGAUCGUCGAGACAGCGGAGAUCUUCGGCAGGAUGAGGCAGCGAGACAGAGUUUCGUGGAACACUAUGGUGGCGGCGUAUGCCCGAGCCGGGCAUACCGCCGGGAGCCUGUGGUGCUUCCGGGCGAUGCAGCUGGAGGGCGUUUGUCCGAGCGAGGUGAGCUUGGUGAGCGCGCUCUCGACAUACAGCCACGCGGGUCUCGUCGAGCAGGGCUGCCAGUGCUUCGCCUCCAUCGCGAGCGACUAUGGGAUGGUUCCAUCGCGCGAGCAGCAGGGGUGUGUGGUGGAUCUCCUGGGCCGAGCGGGGUCGUGGAUUGCGGAGGAUUUGAUCCGGGUGGUGGCUCCAUCCACGUCGAGGUCCGAGCUGUGGAAGGCGGUGUUGAGCGCUUGCAGGAUCCACUCGGACGUGGAGCUGGGCGAGUGCGCGGCUGCUUGUGUUCUGGAGAUGGAUCCUGGCAGUGACUCCGCUCAUAUCAUCUUGUCCAACAUCUAUGCUAUGGAUCAUCCAACUUAG